AUGGAGCCCAAGGUGAUCUGUGUCCUGCUCGUGGUCUUCUCGCUGGCCCUCAGCACCCAGGCCCAGGGCCAGGCCGAGACAUGUACCAUGGACCCGAAACAAAGAACAAAUUGUGGUUUUCCUGGUGUCACGCCUUCCCAGUGUGCAGAGAGGGGCUGCUGUUUUGACAGCACCAUCCCCAAUUACCCAUGGUGCUUCUUUCCUUUGAAGAUCAACGACAACGUUCCAGAAGAGGAGUGUGUGUUUUAG